AUGAAAAAGAGGCCUCUGUGUAUCAUUUGCUCAAAAACUUUAUCAGCAGACACCAUGAAACCUAAUAAACAUAAACGACAUUUGAAAACACUUCAUAGUGAGUACGUUAACAAACCCCGAGAAUUCUUUGAGUUAAAAUUAAAAUCAUACGAAAAGCAAAAAUCAAUUGUAAAAGAAGCUAUCUUUUCCUCUUAUAAAGUUGCAUAUAAAAUAGCCAGAUUUAAGAAGCCUCACACUAAUGGUGAAGAGCUUAUAUUGCCAGCUGCAAUUAAAAUUGUAGAAACUAUGUUUGGAGAUAAUCCUAAAGAUGUACAGCAUCAGCUACUUGCGAAGUUGCGAGACAAGUUUUUUUCAAUUCAGCUUGAGGAGGCAACGAACAGCAAUAAAGACGCUCAUCUUAUUGUCUACGUUCGAUCUUGUGUUGGCAUAUCAAUAGUAGAACUCAAAGCAACAGCUCUCGCAUUAUUUGCUAUUUUAAAUGAUUAUAAAAUCCAGGCAAAUAUAGAGUGGAAGAAUUGCGUCGGAAUAUGCACCGAUGGGGCACUGUGCAUCUGGACACAUUGCAUGAUUCGCAGAGAAGCUCAGGCUUACAAAGAAAUGUCUCCUGGCCUGAAUAUUGUGCUAACUACGGUUGUAACAAAUCUUUUCUGCAAUUUAUAUAGAUAUGGUGCAGUACAUUCAGCAUUACUAUUCUUUUGCGAGGCAAGAUGGUUACACUUACGACGUGUUUUUGAAUUAAGACAAAAUCGUCGUUUUUCUAGAAGAAGAAAACCGACCGGAAGCCGAGGUGGUUUAUUUCUGUUAAAAUUGAGCUAUUUGGUCGACAUAUUCGGGAAACUAAAUAUCUUGAACCUUCAGCUCCAAGGAGUAAAUACACAUAUAUUGGAUACAAAUGAUAAAGUUAACGCUUUUUGUAGAAAAUUGGAAUUGUGGAGCAGAAAUUUAAAGCCAAAAAACCUGGAAAUGUUUGCAAAUGCGGAUGAAUUUAUUAAAACAUACAAGGUUGAAGAACAACAUAUAAAAGUUGUUUUCAUAACCAUUGAACAUCAUUUAGCGAUGAUGACAAAGAAUUUAAAAAAAUAUUUUCUUGCCGACGACAAAUUAAUACUUAUACAUUCAGCAUUACUAUUCUUUUGCGAGGCAAGAUGGUUACACUUACGACGUGUUUUUGAAUUAAGACAAAAUCGUCGUUUUUCUAGAAGAAGAAAACCGACCGGAAGCCGAGGUGGUUUAUUUCUGUUAAAAUUGAGCUAUUUGGUCGACAUAUUCGGGAAACUAAAUAUCUUGAACCUUCAGCUCCAAGGAGUAAAUACACAUAUAUUGGAUACAAAUGAUAAAGUUAACGCUUUUUGUAGAAAAUUGGAAUUGUGGAGCAGAAAUUUAAAGCCAAAAAACCUGGAAAUGUUUGCAAAUGCGGAUGAAUUUAUUAAAACAUACAAGGUUGAAGAACAACAUAUAAAAGUUGUUUUCAUAACCAUUGAACAUCAUUUAGCGAUGAUGACAAAGAAUUUAAAAAAAUAUUUUCUUGCCGACGACAAAUUAAUACUUAGUUACUAG